AUGUGGUUGGCAGCGCUAACGAUCGUGCUAGCGGUCUGCUUGUAUCUGUACUACGAUACCCAUAAGCCGAAGAAGUUUCCGCCGGGACCAAGAUGGGUUCCAAUCCUUGGCUGUGCCAGUGAAGUCUACAGACUUAGAGAAAAAACCGGCUACUUGUAUAAAGCAGUAAAAGAACUCUCUCUAGCAUACUCCAGAGAUGGAUCUCUGCUCGGUCUUAGAAUAGGAAAGGAUAGAAUCGUGAUGGUCAACAGCUUGGAAGCUAACAAGGAAAUGCUUUAUAACGAAGAUAUAGAUGGAAGACCUAAAGGAAUAUUCUAUCAAACGAGAACUUGGGGAGAACGCCGAGGAGUAUUACUUACUGAUGGGGAGCUCUGGAAGGAACAGAGACGAUUUCUUUUACGGCAUUUGAAGGAGUUUGGAUUCGGACGUCGAGGAAUGGAAGUCAUCGCCCGGUCGGAAGCUUCGCAUAUGGUCAACGACGUCUUGGAGACAGUUGGUGAUGGCGAUGCAGCCGUCAUACAAAUGCACAAUUUUUUUAAUGUUUACAUAUUGAACACUCUGUGGACGAUGAUGGCGGGUAUCAGGUAUAAACCUACGGACCCCCAGAUGAAGGUGCUGCAAGCCCUUCUAUUUGAUUUAUUCGCCGCCGUAGAUAUGGUGGGUACACUUUUCAGUCACUUUCCUAUACUAAGCAUUAUGAUGCCCACAUUGUCUGGUUACAAAGACUUUGUUAGAACGCACAAAAGAAUUUGGAAGUUCCUUCGUGACGAAUUAGCGAGGCACAAAGAGAGGUUUGAUUCGUCUCAAGAAGAUCGAGAUUUUAUGGAUGUGUACAUAAGAGUUUUGAAGGAGAAGGGAGAAGUGGAUACGUACUCGGAAGGGCAGCUGGUGGCCAUGUGUAUGGAUAUGUUCAUGGCUGGGACGGAGACCACCAGUAAGAGCAUGAGCUUCUGCUUCAGUUACCUGGUGAGGGAGCAGGAAGUACAGAAGAAAGCUCAAGAAGAGAUUGAUAGAGUCGUCGGAAGGGAUCGGACACCGAGCUUGGAGGAUCGUCCCAAUAUGCCGUACAACGAGGCUAUUGUCCACGAAUGUGUACGGCAUUUCAUGGGGCGCACCUUCGGCGUCCCUCACCGUGCCCUGAGGGAUACGACGCUCGCUGGAUAUUUUAUACCAGAGGAUACGAUGGUCCUGAGCAACUUCACAAACAUCUUGAUGGACGAAGAGAUGUACCCUGAGCCGUACUCUUUCAAGCCAGAACGGUUUCUAUCUGAAGGGAGGAUUUGCCUGCCAGAUCACUACUUUCCUUUCGGCCUAGCCAAGCACAGGUGCAUGGGGGAUGUGCUAGCCAGAUGUAACAUAUUCGUCUUUACCACGACCAUGCUGCAGAGGUUUUCGUUCUUACCAGCUCCUGAAGAACCCUUGCCUUCCUUAGAUCAUGUGGACGGUGCCACCCCUUCAGCAGCUCCAUUCAAAGCUCUAGUAGUGCCGAGGAAAGCCUAA